AUGACAGCCUCGUAUUCCAACCUCAGCAUCAUCACUCCGCGCUGGCCAGCGUGCUGUGUGCAAUGUUGCCCAUUCCGGACUAGCGUGUCCCGGUCAACGCGAAUCCGCCGACCAAAGACGCGCCCAGCCAAUCAGCAUGCGCCCUUUGCUCCAGCCUUUUCCUCUCGUCCAGAUGCAACUCUGCCUCUUACACCACCACUCUGGGCUUUAAAUCUGCAAAUGCUCCCCUCAGGGUUCUCCAUUUGCCUCUCUGGAACCCCGUCCUAUAAUAUCACCGCUGGAAUGUCCCUCAAGCGCAAAGCUUCCUUCCCCGGCCUCCCUUCUAGCUUGGCCAUUUCCACGCCUAGCGGAUGGGGCAUGUCCGAUAGCUCAAAGGACCUUCCCAGCCGGACCCGAAAGCGUUUCCGAAACGGUCGUCCAGAUGACGACGUGGUAUAUGAGAAAACCCUCCGCUGGAUCUUCUCCGCGCAACAGCAGCAGCAACAACAACCUAUUACUCCCAUGGACACCGCAGACGACGCCAUGAUGGACGCAGAUCCCUCUAUUCCCUUCCCCGAAACCGUCGACCCGCGCCAGCAGACCUUGCUGCGAUUCUUCCAGCCCCGAGCAGAAGCCAUGUCGCCCUUCCGACCCUCCCGUGAAGCGCUCGCGGCUCGUGCCAAUGAAACAGCCCUGGAUAAAGAAGAGAUCAUGCGCCACCAGGCAUUCUCGCAGAUGAACAUGGCGGGAAGCACGAGCGGAAGUGAGACCACGAGCCCGGGCUUCUUCCAGACCGAGACGGACGUGGACAUGGACAUGGAUGGUGGGGAAAGUAGCGAUAGCUCGAAUCCCGUUGCCAAGUGGGGAUUCUGGAAUGGAGGUGCUUGAUGCUUCUGCAUGGGGAAGCUGCAGAGCUGUUGAGGUUCUGCGUGAUUUGAGCGCUGGUCGCUUAGAGGGGAGAGGCCGUUGGUUUCUUCUCAUUAUACCUUUUGCAUAUGUUGGUUUUCUUGGGAAGGCGUUUGAGGUUAUGGCUGUUUUUAUCUCUGGUUCACAUCGGUUCUCAGGGGAGGACCGGUUGUUGUACGGAAUUGGCGUUGGAAUGUUCAUCUUGAUUGGGUUGCUGGAAGAAGGUAUUAGGGGUAUAGCUGUGAAGGGUGUAAUACUUGAAUGAACCCACUUGGU